GGUAAAAAGCCUUCGAGCGUUCGUUUUCAAACACGCCCUUCCCCUUUUCCUCUACGGCUCUACCCUUCUUUCUCUUCCACUACCACAACAAUCGCACCGGUCCUGUUCUCGGAAAUGGUGGAUUUGGAUCGAGAUAUCGCCAUGGAUGUCGUGUAGGAGCUCCAAUUCAUGGAUCCCUCGGCGCCCCCGAAGGGAGGAGGAGGAGGAGGUGACCGAGUAGGAGAAGAAGAGGUUAAGAGUGAGAGGAACAGAGCUUCGGGUGUGUUGAUUCGUUGUUGUCUUAGCAUCGCCUUCUCCAUUGUUGCCUCCUUCGUGUUCUCCUUCUUGCUCGGGCUCGCGGCGUUGGCGAUCGGGAAUCUCUCGGCCUCCACCGCGGUCUCAGUCUCAUCAACCUGCAGAAUCGUCUCUAGCAGUAUAGAUCUUAGAUCAUCCAAGGUUUGUGAGCUUGGACUGUUGAAUUACAAUGCAAAGCACGUAUUCUACCCUUCCGAGAAAAGAAAAUUUCGAUGCCGAGAUGAUUAUUAUUGGGCUUCAGUUUUUCAGGUGGAAUAUAAAGAAUACUUUUCUGGCCAACUAUUUCAUGCUGUGGCAGAGGCUCCAAAGGAGGCCCUUCCUCAUGAUUGCAGACCUGAUUUUGGCACAGCAUGGUUGAUGAGAUUGAAGUUCAAGGUCAAUGAAACAUACAACUGUAGAUAUAUGCCAGGAGGUCGCAAAGCUGACAUAUAUUCGGACGAUCUUUUUAAUUGCCAAACAAAAGAGCCUUCUCUAGCAGAGAUGACCAGAAGAAUUUUCAUUCUGUCCACGAGAUCUUAUACUAUUGAAAGUUUAAGUUCCAGACUCGUCGGUUACAUUGUUGGGGGGAUUGUAUCCGGCAUGUUGUCCGCCAUGUGUGUCAUCGUUCUCCUAAAAAGCCUUCAGGGCUUAUUCCACGCCGCAACUAACCGGUUGGGUGCUAAAAAGAGCUACAUUAUCAUCUCUCUUCAACGAUUCAGGCGGGCUUGUCUUAUCCUUGCUUAUUUCUCUGCCGUGGGCUGGUUGACACUGCAAUAUGGUAAGAAGAUUGGGUUGAAACAGCUUUUGUUGGACACUAAACUUAGAGAGAGAAUUAUAUAACAACUAUCGGUUUGAGAAAAAUUGAAGUUCUCCUUCAUGUUAGUGUCAACUCUUUACUGGUUGUGGUUGAGGAAAUGGUUCUUAUACAUUUAUGGAUUCAAAUGGAUCACUGGUAUGGCGGCGGCAGAUCUUCGGUGUGGUGUUACCACAAAGAAACCAUAGUUCAGCUCAAAGCAUAAACACCAAUCAAUAUCAGAAAAUUGCUUUUCCUUAUUUGCUUCUGAUAUAUGUUCCACCAGUUAAUAGUUCCAUUGUGUUAAUAGUUUUAAAUUAAAUCACUUUCUUUUUCUUAGUUA